GCGUUCAUGGCAGAGGCUGCGGAGCCGGAGGGCUACAGACUGCAGAAACAGCAUGAUAACAGAACUGUUGUGUGCCGGACCUUCCUGAAGGCUAUUGUGCAGAAGAAGUCCCUGUCAAAGAUCCAGGCUGAGCAGCUGGUCCUGUUUCUCAUGGAAACGCACACUGAGCUCUUUAAGACUCCUACAUCAUUGAUCACAACCGUAGGCAAGAAACUUCAAAGUUUACAGCAAGGAAGGGACCCAGAUAGCACAGCAGCAUUCACGUACUGUGAGCAGCUGACGCUGGAGCAGUACAAGGAGCAGGGGCUGCAAGCGACUGUGAAGCAGCUUCGGCUCUUAGUGAGGGACAUCGAGCACAGCGCCUCCCUCCCUGCCAAGGAGAAGGACAGGCUCGUGAAAGAGCUGCAGAAACACCAUCCUUCCGCUUUUCUCCACUAGAGCUCCAAGUCCCUCCCCAGAGGAGACGGUUCUAAUUUAGAUUCGUUUAUUGUACUGGAUUUAAGGGGUAGAUUUUUAAUGAACAGCAUUUUGCACUUGCGUGUUUACAGAAGGUAGCGUCACACUGGAGGUGAAAGUGUCAGUCCUGUGAAACGGCCAACAGUCGUACACACUGGUAGGUUUAGAAUGCUGAAUGUUAUGAAACAAGAAAUAUAAUCUCUUGAAAUAUAAUCACAGAAAAAAUGCUCUGCCUAGUGACAUAUCUCAUGCGGAGAAGUGCACCUUCUUUGAGCACAUACACUAAGGUACAUUGCAGUCCUCUACACUAUCCUACGUUACAGUACACUACAGCGUGGAUUUUAUUCCUAAUUCUGGGAAAAAUGGGUCUUAUUGAUUUUGUCUAAUUGAGCUCUGAAUCAGAGGCUAGCUCACUUCUGUAAUUGAAUGUCGUGUUUGAUUAUACUCUUUCAGCCUACAAUAUACAUCGAAGUGCAUUUAAAACCGAGAACAGGAGGAACUUCGUUACGCUAAAGUCAGUGGGAGUAGGGAACAAGCUAUCCAUUCAUAUAGUUGAAGCGAAUAAAAAAGUGAUUCUGUUCUGCAGAGUCUGCAGAGAUCCAAUUACCUACAUUCCACACGCCUGAAAGAGGGUAGGAGUGAAAUUCAGAAGGUGGUUCAGGGUUAUUAUUAACUGCUAACAACAUCCAACUGUUUAUCAAUUAGGCUAGAUUAAUCACUUAAUUGCUCUUCUUAAGAGACGACUGAAGGCCUUAAUCCACUACCUUCCACGUCCCGGAGGAUCAGUCAUUUUGCAUGUUUACUUUUCAGCUCUGACCUUCUGCCCUGACAUACGUUGGCAGGUUGCUGGCUUAAACGGACCAAUUUAUCAAUUUCUCCCAGUUCUUCAGCUGCUGCUGCCUUAAAGGGCAAAGGCAAAGGAAAACCUGCAGAUCUGCGUGCCCUCCAGGACAAGGAUGGGACAGCCCUGACUUGACCGAUUUAAGAGAUCGGUGGAAUGAAAACACAAAAACUCUGGGCUCUUCUUAAAACCAGAACUGGGACCCACUGUACUACAGUUUGAUUUGUUUGUGACGUUGUUUUCGAAGGAUAUACGGUAGUGUUGUUCAUUUAUUUGUCAGAUGCUUUUAGCCACUGUGAUUUACUUUUGUGCCUACUUAUACAGCUGGGCAUUUCACUGAAGCAAACUCAGUGGUGUACCUUGCUCAAGGGUACAACUGUAGUAGUCAGAUUCAAAGAAUUUCUAUUGGCAUGUUGGCACGACCAGUGAAUUACACUGUCGCCAAUGCAAUGACAGUCAAACCUUUCCAGCAAUAACUUCUAUUGAUAAUAAGUGAGAGGCAGACUGUCUGUUCCUCAGUCUGUGCCACGAGCUCACCUGCCACAUACUGGACUGCAGCCCUGUUGGGCCCAGUAGCAGUCCAGUUUGAGUGUGUGUCGUCUCUGUGGCUGUCUGGAGUGGGCUGAGAUAGGGGAGGCUGUGAUUUGUGGUGUUUUACCUGGCCUGUCCCGACUACAUCAGCUGGGAUUUGAAUAUGAAUACUUCAUUAUUAUGAAUCGUGAAUUCAGUUAGUGCUGGCAUAUUGGUCAGAAUAGACAUAAAGGUUAAGAACUGCCCCAGUUAAUAAUUUGAUAAGAAUAUGACCCAGUGUAUAUUUUGAAUCAUUUUAAACACUACUGUAAUGUAAUAUA